UAACUAUUAUACAGUGAAUCUAAAAUUACUAAACCAAAAGUAUUAAAAACCAUCAUGAAUCGUUUAAUCUUUUUCGCUGCUGCACUCUCAUUAGUUUUCACUAUCGUCAAUACACAAAGCGUGUCAGACUCCGAUGCCGAUUCCGAAAUUUUGGAAGAGUCUACCACCGAAAAUCCCACGGAGUACAUUGAAGAUUUCUCUAAGAUGGAUUUAACCAGCAAUGACAGUGAAUCAGUCAAAUCACGGGAAGAUGAAAUGGCCAACGAAAUAGCCUAUAUGAUAACAUUUAUAACAAAGUCCUUUGGAGAUAUGUCAAAAAUUAUAGAAGACAUGAAAAGUCUAAGUAGCAGUACGAACAUCGACGAAGCUUCCAUAAAAAAUUUUGUAGAUAAUUUAAUAAAUUAUGUAGAGGACACUGAAAUCAUGAAGCAGCAAAUCAAUCGUGUGGUAGAAGUUAGAGAUCAAUUUCAAGGCGCGAUUGUAAAAAAUAUGAACUUAUUGGCAGUUAAUGCGGAAGAAGCAGAAAAAAUGGAAAAGGAACUACGUAAACAGAUGAAACUCCGAUUACCUAAUAUCCCAACUCCACAAAACAUGGAGCUUCCAAGUAUGCAAAAUUUUCUCCAAAAUUAAAUUCAAGUUUAUUUAAUUUGUUUUGUAAUUUUACUUUAAAGUUUUUUUUUCAAUAUUCUUAUUAACUGUGUCAUUUUGGUCAUAUUUAAAUAAAAUAUAAAAUAGAUUUAACUAACAAA